UCUCCUGCUUCUUCGUCAGCGUCGUAUUUGGCCACGUCAUACUCUUUAGAGUUGGCGGGAAUAGUAUUAGUUUGCACUGUUAAAACGUUGAUGCCUCGUAUUGUAUCACCAUAUAUACAGUCCUUAUGCCCUUCCCGAAGUUGUCCCUCGUUUAGAGUGGUACACUGUACUUCUAUCCAAUAAAGCUCCUCAGCUGUGGAAUUUGUAUUCUUUGAGGAAUUGCCUUGGCUCCUAAGUUCUCUUCAAGUUACCAGUCUGAAAACUAUGUUCAACAGCAGCCCGCAUUGCAUCAUCUGUGGUGCAAAGAUUACAUAUCGUGACCGCAAAGUCUCUUGGAAAAGAAACUUUCGUGCAAUUAGAUGUGAUGGCAAUUCUCAGUUAGAUGGGGAGCCUUUCGUUACAGGAGUGGGCAGCUAUGUCCCUCCAGAGAUCCUUUACAACUGUGCUGCACCUUCUUCUGCAGAACAGCGAUGGGAUGAUAACUUUGUUUGGACAGAGGAGGACAUAUUUCCCCCGCUGAUAGGUGACACACUCCAUCCGCAACCUGGGUUUCUUCUCCAUGAAUCGUGCUGGGAACUACUACGGGGCAUGCUUCACCCCCAUGCCGUUCCUAUCCAGCGGUUGUAUGAUAUUUGCCUCUCAUGUCCAGCGCACACAGAAGGAUGGCUGGAUUGGGGACACAACUACGGUGGGCUCAUGGACCAACGUCCCGUUGGGGGCUAUCCAUGGGAAGACGUAUAUAUUGCGGGCUAUAUAAGACGGUUCCUAUGGGACAAGAGUUCUCCCUUGACGCUGGCCACGUCAGAUCCAUUAGACGUAUUGGAGGUGCAGCAAGCGCUUGUUGGUUCUCAGGAUAGACGAGAGAAUACAACAAUGACCAGUUUGAUAUCAUCCGUUUCGAUAACCACCGCUGAUUGUUUUCAAAAGCUUCCUCAAGAAAUCCUGGAGCAAAUCCAGAUGCUUCUACCAUCUCGCAGUGUUGCUGACGUGCGUUUAGCAUCAAGGUCGUUCGCUGCAUUGCCGCUCACGCAGUCAUUUUGGGCUUCAAGGUUUGCUUGCCAUCAAGAGCGUGGGUAUUGCUUCGAGGCUAGGGAUUCACUAUAUAGUGGAGCUCACGCACUGCGCUGCAGGGAUUGGAGGGCUUUCUUCGAGGAUACAGCAGUGACACCAGAUUCAUCUAAUGAGUUGAAGAAUCGAAAGCGGAUCUGGUGUUACUUGAAGAAUAUAGCAGAUCUAGUUCUUGAUCAACCGUUGGUCAGUGAAGGGAUGACCAGGGAGCUUGAACUAUGGCCAAAGGAGCCUGUGCCGGCAUGGAGACCAGUUGGAGGAGACUUUUCCGUACGGUCGAACGGAGACUCCCCUUACCAAAUGAAAUGUAGGGUGAUAUAUGAACAAAACAUCUCAAUCACCUCUUCGAUAAGAUCAAUUGGGGUUUCCUUUCGAGAAUUAAGUGAUAAGAAAUAUGUCUCGGGUCUUCGGCUCGUACUUACAAACAAUGAGGAGCUUAGACUGGGCUAUGUCCUUCCAUGUAAGGAGAAACACGUGGAGCUGAAAAGCGAAUGCUUUGACUUGAAUGGGUUCAUUGCCGCUGUCAGCCCUAGAGGUGUCAUGGCACUCCGUGUUGUAACCGGACAGGGAGAGAUAUCCAACUGGGUGGGCUUGUCAGAAGGCCUGCCGCAGACAGUCCGGCUGUGUACGAAGACGGCAAUCCACGCUUUGAAAUGUUCCUUCGAUGGCUUCAAAAUGGUAUCUUUAGCUGUUCCCACCGAGCUUCAGCCGCUCUUCCCUGACGAUACCAGAGGUGAACACCUACCCCUGCGAACUACAGGACUUUGGUAUCCAGGGAUCCCUCCCUCAUCCUACCAUCUCCACGACGAUGUAUUCACCGGUCGAAACAUCCCUCUCCUUGACUACCGUCCACUUGUGCAUGUCAUGUUUGGUGGAAGACGGGGCAACCUCCUUAAGUACCUAACCCGUAUCUCAGUUACGGUGUCCAACGCAGCAAUCGUGGGGAUAGACUUCUUCUACACAGAUGAUUCCCCCGUAAAGCGUCUCCAAGCUUGUCCCUCAACAGAUAGCAGGGACGACUCUGUCAAAAUCCCCUUCCUGAUCGAUGGACCAGGGGGUGAACGGUUAACAAGUCUCCAAUCGGACGGCGAUUUCCUCCGAGCGUCCGCUGGCUACGGGUCGUACAGAAUAAAAAUAACGUCACUAAAGAUAACGACAAAUACAAGGCCCAAGCCCUUCAUCUUCCAACAAAACGCUAUUCCGGCCCUGAAACUCCCCGCCGGGGGCUUUCCUCCUCGAAAGUCCAGGAAACCAGAAAUACUACCCGGUACUACCUUGACGGGUAUGUAUUUCAUGUAUGAUUCUCAGUUUGCUAUGAGCAGUAUCGGGCCCAUUUCUGAGGACUUAAGUGAAGGAAACCUUCUGCGGGACACUAGCAUAGAAGAAGAGAUACGGACGCGAAUUUCGGGGAAGCAAACCCCAGGCCAAUGCUGAUUAACAAGCACUAGUAGUUCAAAUUUCUUAGCGUACGGUAUGUUCACACAAAGAUCACUAUUCUUGGAAUUCUGGUACAGUUGAACUCAGCAGUCUUCUUUGUAAGGACAUGUGCAUGGAUAGUGAAAUGUGUACAGAAGCCUUUGGAUAAUAAUAGUCCUUCGGGAAAAUCUAAAUGAGCUAUAGAGACCAUCCCAUGUCCGAAGCAAUAUGGAUAGAAGCA